ACUGCAGCUCGACCUGCGUCUUCGUCCCGUCUUGUGCAUCGUGAAUCCGCCCUACGACGUCGCCGAAGGGCGCGUGCACAACGCGUGGGGAGACGCGACGUGUCGCUCGUCAGCGUAAGUGUCGUCGCGACGCGAAUGCAGAAUACGUACCGGUUGGCUCCCCGACGGGCACCCCCGGGACCAGACGUAGCGCAGAAUGCUGCGAUACGGUCCUGCCGGUACGUCUUCGCAGAGGGGUUCGCGGGGGCGUGUUCUAUUGUUAGAGCAAGCCGCGCUCGUCUAAGUACGUACGUAGCGUACCGCCCGUUUGACGUACAUGUUGUGUUCAGGCGUGUCGAAUUGCGCGGCGUGGCCGUCAGUUGUCGCAGUGGUGGAGAUCGAGGGGCGGCACGGAGAUCGUAUGGUCACCGAGGGCGCGCUGAUGCCUUCGCCCGCGCUCCGAUUUCGGGCUACAUUCCCGCAUCGUUGUCUCGUCGCCUCCUCAUCCUUGCAUUCCUCUCCUUCAACCAUCGCUUGUACUCCGCGCCGGUUCGUUCAGCGACCGUCCUCGGUUCCCCCCGCUCCUGCGUACUCCUGGGGGUAGUGAUGGACGUGUGGGUGCGGUGUGGCGUGCGUUGCGGGGGGACGACGGACACCGGACGCGAGAGUUGGCCGUAUUCCGGCCCUGAGAUGGGCACCCGCCGCGCGAAGAGCGUGCGAACCGGUGUCUGCACGGUCGUCGUGCCGCGCCACGUCCGGUGCACAAAAUCC